GAAUUUCAAGAAAUCUCUAUCAUUGCUGCAAAGCUGUGAAAAUCUUCUGAAGAUUUUGAGGAUUAGCACUGCCUUUGAGUUUGACUUGCUUUUUUGAAGCGGGUUUGUUGAAGUGGACAACUUUGUGAAGAGGGCUAAUGACUGAUUUAUCAAACUUGUAGAAAGUUGUGAGUGGAAAACUUUGCAGUCUCUCCAUCAUGCCACUCUCUGAGUUCUUGAAAAUGCUCAAGAAUGAAUCUGGGGAGCGGAAACCCACGUCGUCUUCUGCUGAUGAUCUAUCUCCUUUACCAGGGAGUGAUUUCUCUGAACUUGUGUGGGAAAAUGGUCAGAUUACUAUGCAAGGCCAGUCGAGUAAAGCUAAGAAGAGUGACAAUCUUUCUAGGAUGCGGGAGAAGUGUGUAGGGAAUGCCUCUAGCUCUAGGAUUGGGAAGCUAGAUUUAGCGGGUUCUGUUUUGGAUGAAAUGCCUCCCUCGGUGCCCUCUGGCGAAAUGGAUUUGAGCCAGGACGACGAGAUUGCUCCCUGGCUAAACUAUUCGCCUUCUAAUGGUCAGUCACAAGAGUAUGGCUCUCAACUCUUGCCAGAAAUAUCUGGAACGACUGCAAAUGAACCGUCUCCCCAUGAUGGUUUCCCGUUGAUUGGGGCUUCCAAGAGUGUUGUGAACUCGGGACAGAGAAAUGCAACGAAACUCGAUUGUUCUCCGAGGUUUGGACUGUUAGCCUCGUGGUCUUCUCAGCAAGCUAACCCCCUCGUAUCGGGAGUUUCAGAUAUCGGGAGCAGUAAUGGUAGUAUCAAUCUCGAUUCUAUAUUGAAAGAUUCAGUUCCACCCCAAGCUAAAAAUCAAGACACCGAAACUACUCGAACUUGCCCCCCUACUUUGUUAAACUUUUCUAAUUUCUCCAGACCCGUUGUGCUUGCCAGAGCUAAUCUUCAAAACACUUUAGAAGCAAAGGGAAAAAGGGAGAAAGAGAUCAAAGAAAAUGCCCAGAAUCCUGCUAAAACCGCGCUUAUUGAAGCAUGUAGCACCUCGAGAAAGGAAAGUGACCUUAAAAGUCAACCUAAUUUACGCACUAAAUUUGAACAGACCGAUGCUUCAAGAGAAGAUACUAAUGAUGCUGACAAGGUCCAUGGUAACAAAGCUGUCGAGCCCGGGGCUUGUUCUUCUGUAUGCUCGGGCAGUAGUGCGGAGAGAGCUUCAAAUGAUCAGUCCCACAGUUUAAAGAGACGAGCUCGAGAAAACGAGGAGUCUGGAUGCCCAAGUGAAGAUGCAGACGAAGAAUCAGCUGGUGCGAAAAAAGCAGCUCCUGCUAGAGGAGGAACAGGGCAAAAGAGAAGCCGAGCUGCAGAAGUGCACAAUCUAUCAGAAAGGCGACGAAGAGACAGGAUCAAUGAAAAGAUGCGGGCAUUGCAGGAACUUAUACCCAACUGUAAUAAGGCGGAUAAAGCUUCAAUGCUUGAUGAAGCUAUCGAAUAUUUGAAGACACUUCAACUUCAAGUGCAGGUAAGUCGAAUUACAGUGCAUUAUCCCAACUUGAUGCAGAUUAUGUCAAUGGGAGCGGGAUUGUGUAUGCCACAAAUGAUGUUCCCCGCAGGAAUGCAUCAUCACAUGCAUGCUCAAAUGCCACAUUUUCCUCAGAUGGGGUUAGGGAUAGGGAUGGGGAUGGGUUUUGGGAUGGGCUUGCCCGAGCUUAAUGGUGCCAGAUCCCCGGGAUGUCCCAUCUUUCCAAUGCCCGCUAUGCCAAGACCACAUUUCCAUUCCCCGUCAAUUUCUGGACCCAUUAACUUCCCAGGAAUGGCUACUGCAACGUCUAAUAUUCAGGCUUUCGGACAUCCUUGUCAAGGAGUUCCUAUGUCGGUCCCAAGAACACCAUUCGUCCCUUUGUCUCAGCAGCCUUCUGCAAGUUCAGCCCCGGGUUUGAAUGCCUCAAAGAUGAGAAUGGAUGGAGAAAGCGAGGAUCCAGUAAAGAUCAAGAACUUGCAGAUGACACAGAAUUCUGAUCCUAUACCUAGUCGGUUAAAGAAUCAGACCAGUCAGGUUCAAACAACAAGCGAUCAACAACCCAAUGCUAGCGAUAACCCAACUGUUAACCCGACAAACUCAACCAACGUGCCUGGCAGCAAGCAGCAGGUAUGUAACGUUACAAGAGAUGCUGAACGGAAGGAGCAGAAGCGAGCUGAGGCACCACGCAUUGUGAAUAGUAUACAAUAUAUUCGUCGGCAUCUAAUUGAAGAUGGCCUUUGCUGUGCUCAGAGAAACGAAAUAGCUUUCAUCAGAAAAGGCGAUAUCGCAGAGUGAUAGGUAAGUUAGCAUUUUACGACCACCAGUUAGCUAGAUGAUACUUUUAGGAUCGGAUCGGAUCGCCCAGAUUUUGACCAAAAUAGUUAAACUUGAUGUACACUUGAUUGGGAAUUGGCAUAGCAUCUAUAUAUACUAUACAUUUUCCUCCCCAGAAUUCCUGAUUGUUCAUGCAUAGCAUAUGAUCAGCUAAAUCUUUUAUUAA